CCCUGCCCCUGAUGGCAAAGCUGCUUCCCCUACCUGAGGGCCCUGCUGACUGCCAAGAGCAACCGCAAGAUGGAGAGCAAGAAAUGGGAGCUCUUCAGCCAAACAGAGGAGCGUGAGGGAGCCUCCAGGAAGCUGGCCCUGCUGGAGCUGGGCUGCGGAACCGGUGCCAACUUCCAGUUGUACCCACCUGGCUGCAGGAUCACCUGUUUGGACCCAAAUCCCCACUUUGAGAAAGUUCCUAACAAAGACAUGGCUGAAAACAGGCACCUCCUAUAUGAGCGGUUUGCGGUGGCGCCCGGAGAGGACAGGAAACAGCUGGAUGAUGGCUCCGUGGAUGCAGUGGUCUGCACCCUGGGGCUGCGGUCUGUGCAGAGCCCGAGGAAGGUCCUGCAGGGGGUUGAGAGAUCACUCUCUCCUUCCUCCCAAGGAGGACUGCUAUUUUUCUGGGAGCACGUGGCAUUCAUGUGGCAGGAAGUUUUAGAGCCCACCUGGAAACACAGUGGGGAAACACAUUGCUGCCUCACAGAGACCUGGAAGGGUUUCGAGAAUGCCCAGUUCUCUGACAUCCCAAUGGAACAACAGCCCACUCUCUUCAAGUGGCUACCUGGUGGGCCCCACAUCAUGGGAAAGGCUGUGAAAUAACCUUUCUGAGCCCCUAAGGAGGCCAUUUGCUCCCUCCCCAGUCUCCAGUCAGAAAAAGCCACCCACCAGCCUCACCUGUCUUCUGCAGAGAGGGCUCUACCAGAAGAAUGAGAAAAGCCGUUCCCUCACCACCCCAGUCCCGCUCUCCCCCCACCCCUGCCAGGGAAGGCUCUCACUUCAAUCCCUCCUUCCACAGUGAAAAAGCUCUAUUCCUGCCCUGACCAGAGGGAGGAAACAGUUAUACCCUGCUGUGUCCUUAACACAAAUUCCUGGACUGGUCUCCCACCUUUUGUCACCCACCCCUUUCUUUGUUCGCAUGGUAAAGCUCCCCGUGCCCACCUUCUGAGGCUACACUGUGCGCCUCUAGGAACUGGUCACAAAAGUCAUUGGUAUGUGCAUCCCUGCCGGACCACCUGACCCUC